CUAGCCUCGUUCUCUUUAUAUAUGGGGGACAACGAGAAGCGCCUCCAUGUAACUCUUCGUGCUCGUCUCUCUCCCAGAUCCAAUCCUCCUCCCUCGCUCUCACUUUCCCUUUAGAGCUCUCUCUCUCUCUCUCUCUCUCUCUCUGUCGCCUUCUCUCUCUCUUUUUUUCAAUCGAUCCAUGGCUUCGAUCUCGGGAACGGCGAUCGCCACCUCUGCUCGGCCUCUAUUUGCCGCGCGGGCUCAGGUUGCGAAAGGGUUUUCUGGACUGAAAUCUGUUUCCUUUUCCAUUCAAAGAAAGAGCUUUCCAUCAGUUCGGUUGCAAGCAGCCCCACGACGCCUUCAAGUUUCCUGUGCUGCAAAACCAGAGACAGUUCUGAAGGUGUGUGAAAUAGUGAAGAAGCAGCUGGCGCUGUCUGAUGAUACUCCUGUGACUGGUGAAUCAAAGUUUUCAGCGCUCGGGGCCGAUUCUCUUGACACGGUUGAGAUUGUCAUGGGCCUUGAGGAGGCAUUUGGGAUCACUGUUGAGGAAGAAAGUGCACAGAGCAUCACAACAGUGCAGGAUGCUGCUGAUCUGAUUGAGAAGCUUGUGGAGGGAAAAUCUAGUUAGAUAUAUAACAUUUUUCGGGGACAAAAGUUUUUCGAUUCGAGCACAUUUCCGUCAUCCUAGUUUUGCACUCUGUUGGCUCUCUGCCAGUUAGAAGGUUUCAUGCUUGGGGUUCUUAUUUAAUUUGGUUUUGUUCUAUGCAACUGCUAGGGGACCAUAUCAGAUAUUCUCUGUUGGGCCUUUAUUUUAAUCUUCUCUGCAUCCAUGUAGCCAAUCUCAAAGUACCAAUCACAUUUUAUCUAUUAUGAACUCCAAGAAUGCGAAAUGAGGGGGAAGUAUUUCCAAUUUGGUACCAUUAA